AUGCCAACCUGGAAAGAAAAAGCCAAAAUAUAUUGGAGACAUCCCGAUAUUCACGUCUACUGGAGAGCCAUCCUUGCCGAAUUGCUUGGAACCGCAAUUUUUGUCUUUCUGGGUACUUCGAGUGCUGUGUUUGCCAAUAAGAAUGAACCAGUAACUGUGGCAUUGGGACAUAUUUUCGGAUUGUUGGUGUGUAUUCACAUUUUCGGUCCAAUUUCUGGAGCUCACUUUAAUUGUGCAGUUACUUUUGGAGCCCUUAUUACAAGAAAUAUUGGUCUUGUAUCUGGUAUUGUGUAUAUGAUUGCUCAAAUUGUUGGAAGUAUUGUUGGAGCUGCAUUGACCACCUUAAUUGGUAAAACUGUUGUUCCAGGAAUUUUCAAACCACCAGAAGAUAUUGAUGAUGCCUGGAGAGGAUUUGCAUUGGAAAUUAUCUUGACAUUUGUUUUGGUUUUGGCUAUAUUUGGUGCUGCUGUCAAACCUCAACAUUUCAAGAAAUCUAAUGGACUUCACUCAAUUACUGGUUUGAUUGCUGCCUUCCCCAUUGCAUUUGCUUUAGGAGCUGAUGCUAUGGCUGGUGCCUUAACUGGAGCUUCAAUGAAUCCUGCAAGAGCUUUUGGUCCACAAGUUGUUGGAGGUGUUUGGUAUGCUCAUUCAUGGAUCUAUUAUACAGCACCAUUUAUUGGAGCUGCCCUUGGAGCAAUUGUUUAUGAAUUCUUACUUACCAAACCAAAGAAAUUACAACACUACACUUCACUUUUACAUAUUAAUACAAAUUAUGAUGAUUCAGAUGAUGAAAAGGAUCAAGAAGAAGAUCUUAGAAGCCAACAAAGCAAUGCCUUAUUAUAUACCACUAAUCAUUAA